AGUUUCUGAACCACGAGGAUGUCACACCACCCUGCUUACACACUCGCUGGAUUGACUGGCUUGGGAGGUACCAUUGGAUUCUUGAAGAAAGGCAGCAAGGCCUCAUUGAUUGGUGGAUUGAUAUGUUCAGUUGCAUUCGCUGGUAGCGGAUUCUUGAUACAAGAAAACCGUGACUAUGGCCAUGAAGCCGCCUUAGCUAGCUCGGCACUCCUCACACUCUCAUCAAUCAGAAGAGCAAGAAAGGGUGCCAGACUACCACAGUUCUUGACUGCUCUCGGAUUGGCUAGCGGUGCUUACUAUGCAUUAAAAAUCAAACAAUUCCAAGAUGGCUUCUAAGAAGCUGUCAAACAAAACAGACCACCACUCGAUGUAAUCUAUCUAUCUAUUCAUUUUGAACAUUCCUAUAGUUAGCUCUAUUAGUUUGCUGGUUGUUAUUAUAGUACGUCCCCUGUAUCAAGGACAGACUGAAGGAGUAAAUGAUCAAUAUAAAGUAUAACUUUGCGAUGAAUCCACUAAGCAGAACGAGUGCAGCAAAGACCUUCUCGCGUCCCCAGACUUCCUCAGCUGCAGCGACCCUCUCUAACUCUGUAAGGUCCUGAUGGGCGACACCACCCCAGCCCUUAGUAAGGUCGCCUACGUCUGCCCGCCGACCGUCGUGUGGUUCGUCGAUGUACCAAUGCUUGAAGAAAAUCAAGGAGUAGAUUGUUGAUAUGAUGUGAUCUAUGGCGAAUAAAUUCGCGUAUGCUAAUGAAUUACUAGGAUUUUCCUCUGAAAUCUGCUUCAAACCCCAAACGAAGACAGCGAGAGUACCGACGCUGUAGAGGUACAUACUAAGUUGGGCGAAAGUACCGCCUGUGAAAAUGACAUUUACGCCAUAAACGCCUGCGACUUUAUUGAAUAAGGCAAAUGCUGUGAUAAUUGUGCAUCCUAAAUCAGCAGUCAGUGCAUCGACUAAAUCACUGAAUAGAAAACCAACCUAAUUUAAUAUCUAAACCACACAAGCUUCUGAAUAUCGGCUUAUUGAGAGGGCUUUUGUCGGCUAAUUUGCCCAAG